GGUGGGCAGUUUACCCUUGGACACAUUCUUGCGGGGACACCCGUCAUUCUUAAUGCCAUCGCUCUUUUGUCCUUUGAUCUUUCUUCAGGACUGGCAUCGGUGCCAGGCUGCUGUGGCAUUUUGGGUGCAUUUGGGAUUCACAACUUAAGCAAGAGGAAGGUUUGCUCCUCACAGGCCUAUUAAAACAAAGGUGAAUCGCAUCCGAAGCAUCUGCCAUGGAAAGGCGAACCUUUUUCCAACACAGCGAAGAAGAACAGAAGGAAGAGAGACACCGAGAUCUGCAAAUGACCUCUACAACAAGGAAGGCCAAGUUCAAGACAAGCGAGGAAGAGGAAAGCUUCACCGCGUCAGAUUUAUCCAUUGCAUCCGCCCUUGCAUUGACAGCAGAAGAAUCAUGGGAAAGAAGGAUGAGACGGGAGGCAGCUAUUCUGAAGCUGGAGGAGAGAGGACAGAAACAGGUUCGGUUUGGAAACGACAUGGAGAAGUUGGAGAAAGACGUCAUUAGGAACUGUCGGUUCUUGCGGGUGAAGGCGGACAGGAAAGCCCUCCGGAGAAAGGCGGAAGCCAAGGCACGGCUCGAGAAGGAGGUCAUGGAGCUGUUGUCGUGCCGUGCGCCUAUGUUUUGGAUCCCGCUCCGAGCUCACGCCGUCUGGGAAAGAAUGAGCGUGAAACUAGAAUGCACCAUUUUCGCCUCUCCUCAGCCCACUGUGACUUGGUAUAAAAAUGGAGUUCGGAUUGACCCCCGUCUAGCUCCAGCUGGGAAAUACAAGGUGAAACAUGAGUUUGGCAUGCUGACCUUGGACAUAAGCAGAUGCUCAUUGGAUGAUUCUGCUGAAUACAGCGUGGAGGUGAAAAAUCCAUACGGCGAAGCUUACUCAUUCGCAACAGUCCUUGUCCGGAAAUAUUAUGGGAAGGAGUCGGGCUUUGACUCGGAGAUAUACAAAAGGUCACUCAGGGGCUUAGAGGCAGACUUUGCCAGCACUUUGAAACCUAUAUUUUCUCGAGAGAAGGAGCCGUUCACCCUCUUCUGUUCUUUCACCAUGGACUUGCAGGAGCACCAACGGGAUAUCCGCUGGUUCAGAGACGGUGAGUUGCUGAAAGAUUCUGACCGACGAAAAAUACAGUGCAAAGACCACGAGGCUUCCUUGACGGUGUCUUGUGCUUACAAAGAGGAUGAAGGGUUUUACAGCGUCCGAAUCCCAACACGAGAUGGAUACAAAGAGCAAAGAGCUUACGUGUUCAUUCGGGAUGCUGCCGCUGAAAAUGCUGGAGCUCCUGGGUCUCCUCUUUGCGUGAAAUACCAGGAUGUGAAUAAAAACAGCCUCAUGCUUUCCUGGAUCAUGCCCAGCGAUAACGGCGGAAGUCCUGUCCUUGGCUAUUUUAUCGAAAGGUGCGAGGUGGGCACAGAUGAAUGGGUGCCAUGCAACGACAUGCUUGUGAAAACAUGCAGGUCUCCCAUUACGGGACUCACUGAAGGAAAGAUGUACCAAUUCCGAGUGAAGGCGGUCAACUGUGUUGGGAUCAGUAACCCAUCGAAGGCCAGCGACCCAGUGACAAUGAUCGAUCCCAAUGAGGCCAAAAGAUUGAUGAACAUCCCUUAUGAUGAUGGGAUGAGGACAAUCACCGUCUCCAAAGAUGAACUAGAAGCCAAAGUCAAGCUCCCUUUGCCUCCCACCAACGUCCAUGCGAGCGAAGUCCGGGAAGAUUAUGUGGUCCUCUCUUGGGACGAGCCAAGCCCCAGGGGCAAAGAACCACUGAGUUACUUUGUAGAAAGGUCAAUAGAGGGCAGUGACAGCUGGCAGAGGGUUGAUAUGGACACGCCGGUGAAUUCCACCACCUUGGCUGUCUUUGACCUGGCCAAAGGGAAGUUGUACCGUUUCCGAGUGCGGUCUGUGAACAAGUAUGGAGUCAGUGAACCGUCUUUGCCCAGUGAACCCAUCUCAACUGGAGAAAAAAUAGCUCCCCUCCCACCACCAUCUCAGGUUCUGGCUUUCAGAGACACCAACACAUCUGUCGUUGUGCAAUGGAGCAAGCCAAAGGAAGGCGAGGAAGAACCCCUUGGCUAUUACAUAUACUGCUGGGAGGUUGGGGAAGAGGAAUGGCAAACGGUCAACAACAAGCCCGUCACAUGCAAUGAGUUCACUGUUCCAGGACUCAAAACUGGCAAAGAGUAUGUCUUCUGUGUGAAAUGCGUCAAUGAAGCAGGAGUCGGGGAGAGCUCCCCAGAGUCUGACCCAAUCCUUGUCAGACAAGCUAUCUCAUGUCCCUCGCCUCCUCGCAGCUUUGCCUUGCUGAACUGCGAGAAGAACAACAUGACCAUAGGCUGGAAACCUCCCCAACGCAAAGGAGGCACAACAAUUCUGGGUUAUUUCUUGGACCAGCAUGAUGUGUCAGAGAUUGACUGGCAUGAGAUCAACGUUAAGCCAAUCCCGCAACGUGUUUACACGGUGACCAACCUGACUGAAGGGCACUUCUAUGAGUUCCGUGGUUAUGCAAUGAACGUGGUUGGUGUUGGGAAAGUAUCCGAACCCAGUGACAUUUUCAAAUGUGAGGAGUGGACAAUGCCAGAGCCAGGCCCUCCCUAUGAUGUGAGGUGCACCGAAGUGCGAGACACAUCUCUGAUGGUCCAUUGGGAGCCACCCUUGUACACCGGAGCAGGCCCUGUCACUGGCUAUUAUGUGGAUGCCUGCGAGGAGGGAUCAGACACCUGGGAACAACUGAACCAGCAGCCGAUCGACAGCACCCACAUGAAGCUCUCUGACCUGGAGACAGGAAAGUGCUACGUUUUCCGCGUACGGGCAAUGAACAAGGCAGGGGUUGGCCCGCCGUCCGUGCCAUCAGAUCCUGUGAUUGUUAAAACCAAACCAGGCACCAAAGAAAUUGAAGUUGGGGUAGACGAUGAAGGAUUUAUCUACAUGGCCUUUGAGCCGCCAGAAGUGGUUGACACCUCUGAAUUUAUCUGGUCCAAAGAUUACGAAGGGCCUCCCAACCCAGAUAGAGUCCAAGCCGCAGAUAAAGAUGACAAAUCUAAGCUCAUCCUGAAAUAUGCCACUGAAAGAGACCUGGGAACAUAUUCAGUAGAAGUAACUGACACCGAUGAAGACAUCUCCGCCAGUCAUGUUUUAACUGAAGAUGAACUGGACAAGCUCCGAAAGAUCAGCCACGAGAUCCGAAACCCCUUGAUUGAGUUGAUCUCUGGAUGGAACAUCGAUGUGCUGGAGAAAGGGGAGGUGCGCUUGUGGCUGGAGGUUGAAAAACUCACCCCAGAGGCAGAGCUUCACUUGAUUUUCAAUGGGAAGGAGCUUUCAAGCACUCCAAGCCACAAGAUCAAUUUCGACAGAGCCAAUGGCUUGGUGGAAUUGAUCAUCCAGGACUUCUCUGAAAACGACAAAGGGACUUACACAGCCCAGCUGAAAGACGGCAAAGCUGAAAACCAAUUCACUUUGGCUAUGGUUGGGGAAGAUUUUGAUAAACUUAAAGCUGAAGCCGAUGCCAAAAAGAAAGAUUGGAAGAGAAAGCACGGCCCUCAUUUCAUUGAACAUCUGCAGUGGAAGGUUACUGAGGAUUGUGAAGUCCUGUUUACAUGUAAAGCAGCAAACAUGAAGAAGGACAGCAUCUUCCAGUGGUUCUUUGAUAACAAAAGCCGCUCAGAUGGUCAGUAUGAUCCAAAGACAGGUGCUGGAAUCCUACGGAUUAAGAAGUUUUCCAAAGCAGAUAAGGGAGUGUACAAAGCUGUUGUUUCUGAUGACAGAGGACAAGAUACAACUCAACUUGAUCUUACAAAGGAAGCAUUUGAUGACAUCCUGAAGGAACUUGCUAGGAUCAGCGUUCUUUCAGCCUCACCUUUGAAAGUCCAGCCAACUGUGGAAGGGAUCAAGAUCUUCAGUGAGGUUAAAUACUACACAGAAGCCAUGAAAGCAACAUGGCAUCACAAUGACAAGCGUCUGGAAGGAGGAGACAGACUGAAAAUGGGCACCACCAUGGACCAGGUUUGGCUCCACAUCCUAGACCCCAAAGAAUCCGACAAAGGCAAAUAUAUGUUGGAGCUAUCGGAUGGGAAGGAGUUGCGCAAGUUGUCAACUGACCUAUCUGGGAAGGCUUUCGAUGAUGCACUGGCUGGACAUCAAAAACUCAAGCAAGCGGCUGUUGUGGAAGAGCACCGAGCCAAAGUUGUCCGGGGCCUUCCAGACGUUGCCACCAUCAUGGAGAAUAAGACCCUGUGCUUGACGUGCAUCAUCUCGGGAGAUCCGUACCCAGAAAUCACUUGGUACAAGAAUGAGAAGGCCAUUACUUUCCAAGAUCGGUACAAGAUGGAAGUGAAAGGGGCGGUGGUCACCAUCACCAUCGAGAACGUCAGCAGCGAGGACACUGGGAAGUUCAGCAUCUACGUCAAGAACAAGUGGGGCUCCGAAACAGGCAGGGUGACUGUCAGUGUGUACAAGCGGGGCGAAGAGCCAAAGGAACUCAGGGAUGAACUGGCUUUGAAAGGAGCCAAGCCGUAGCUCCAAAACCUGGCUCUCAAACUCAGAGCUAGCCCUCUGGAUUGCAUGAAACAAUGUUAGAAGAGGUUGGCUUUCUUUCCUUGAGUGCAGAGUGUUUCUCUCCUUUCCCUCCAAAAGCCACCAUCAGCUGGUGCUUCUAACCUCGGAUGGGAAUCAUGUGGCCUUCCAGAAGACUACAGUUUCCAACAGCCUAACUAGCAUAUCCAUUGGUAAUGAAUGCUGGGAUGCUGUGGGCCAAUAACUUCUGGAAGGCAGUAUAAUUCCCAUCUCUGUUGUAGUCACAUCUGACCAAAAAUAUUUUGUUCACUGCUCCCUUGCCUCCUGGAUAAUAGCCAGAGUCCCUUAUGCUCAAGGCCAACCAAAUUUAUUUUGGCACUGGCCUGGAAAGUCCCACCAGCACAUCUCUCUGGGCCUCUCUGCACUACAUAGUUAUAGCUCUGUGAUUCCACUUUAACUGCCAUAAUUCCAUCCUAUAGCAUCUCUGAGUUGGAAGAGACCACAAGGGCCAUCUAAGGACUAAGGCUAACUAAGGAGUUUCUCUAGUUUCUCUAGUAAAGCACUGUUAUAGUUGAAUAAUAGCAUCUUUAACCAGUACUUAUCACACAACUUUGCAUCUCUCGUUGCUAUUUUGCAUUUCGUGGAGAGCACCUUUUUACUGACAGUGUGAUAAGAACUAGCCAAAGAUGAUAUUAUCCCACUGUAAUUGCACUUUACUAGCUUCCUAAAGUAAAAUCCUAAAGCAAAAAUCACUCAAGAGCAAAGGCUGCAGUGUGCUAAUUUGGAGGUCGAGUCCCAAAUAUUCAUAAUCUGAGCACUGAGGUGGUCAUGAAUGUGCGGCCCGCUUCUUGAAUAAUGUGCAGAGCAUAGUGAGUUACAGCCAGGAUGUGGAACAAAGCAUUUGUCGGACUAAAACUUUGCAUGAAAAUCCCACUGCGUCAUGUCUUUUCACAUGUGACUAACCAAGAAUCUAUACUUUGCCGAUGUGUGGGUCAAUGUAUACAUUUAAGAUGUAUGUUAAAUAAACCAGUUGACAAAUUAAA